AGGACCAGAUAUGCAGGUCUAGGGUAUUUUGACGGAACAUAUGUCGUAAUCCCGUAUUGGCCUCGUUUCGUUGUCUGGGACUGCGCGAAUGAUGCUUGGUUCUCACUCGAUCUGGAUGCGGAUGUGUGUCUGAAAUCACUUUUCAUUCCCCAUGCGAUCUUAACUUUCUCCCAAAGGAUCAUUUCUUAUGGAUCUUUGACGAUGAUUUAUAUAUCCUCCGCGGGUGGAAGCUCUGCAGAUACAACAUCAUUGGUCGUUUUGGAAGCACAUCACUCCCUAUCCGACAGUGGGACUUCGAGCCCGAAUUCUUUGAUCUUGAUUUUCAAAAGGAAAGGGGAUCUAUCACCAGGGUGACUGGGUCAAGGAUGUCAGCGCCGUUUUCAUCCACUCUGCAUGCGCUGCAACUGGAGAAGGAGAGCGGAAAUCAAUUUGUACUCUUCAUCCUUGAUCUCCCUCCUAGAAAUUCAGGCCCAGUGGGAGGGUUCACAUCCCCCGUCCUUGUACGUCAAUCCUCGAUUGUCCGGGAGCACAACACGCACCAUGGUCGCCCCUCACGGCAUGCCCAACCUGGGGUCUGGCUUUUCCCUGACGACGUUCUAUUCCAUUAUGAUGUUGAUCUCCCGAAGAGGGCGGUAUUCGGACAAGCGAUAUCGAAUGAUACCCGCGUAUUCCCAAACAAGUUUGAGUUCCCUUUGAAGUAUAAGGAUCGUAACUCUUUUUGGAACCUCCCUCCGGAGCCCCUGCCCCUGUCCGUACGCGAAACUGUGUGCUUAGCUUCCGGGCUCCUUUUUACAAUUCAUGUGGGGGAAGGGACCAUUUGUUUGUUUCGAUUGAGCUAGGACUCAUGAGUAGGCAGAGGUCCUAACUCCCAAGUGUAAUCCAUGCAUGCAUGUAAUACAACUACAACUGAGGCCGACGUGGCAAAUGCCUGCU